AGAGGAUAAAAAAAAAAUUUAAAAAUAGAAAUUGUCCGAAGCCUAUCCCAUCUCUCGCUCCGCCAACCCCCCUCUCUUUCUUAUAUGAUGAAUGAUAUGAUUCAUUAGUUGACGCCUUCGGCGAAGUCACCGGAGACUUCAUCGCCAUUGAUUCCCUGCAAAUCCCAGGGUUUUGAUUGAACGCUGAUCGUGCUGCAGUAGAGUUUCUGAGCUCGUGACUUGUGGAGGAUAUGAAGGCGGAGGUGGAGCUGGAGCCACCGGAGCCACAGCGCUACCCCAGUGACUCCGAUCCUUUGCUUGAGAACCAAGGUGAUUCGAGCAUCGGAAGAUUGAGUGAGAUUAAUGAUGCUGUUGAUGAUGACCAUGAUGUCGAGGCCGGUUCGGUUCCUUGUUGCCGCAUUUGCCUCGAGAGUGAUUGUGAGCCAGAGGAUGAAUUAAUAUCUCCAUGCAUGUGCAAAGGCACUCAGCAAUUUGUACAUCGUUCCUGUCUGGAUCAUUGGCGCUCGGUUAAGGAAGGAUUUGCCUUUUCGCAUUGCACCACUUGUAAAGCGAUGUUUCACCUUAGUGUUGCAUUGUUCGAGGAUAAUACCUGGCGUAAAGUGAAGUUCAGAAUUUUCGUGGCUAGGGAUGUUUUCCUAGUCUUCUUGGCUGUACAGACUGUAAUUGCAGUCAUUGGUGGAUUUGCAUACAUUAUGGAUAAAGAUGGAGCCUUCAGAAACUCAUUUAGUGAUGGUUGGGAUCGCAUAUUGUCAAAACAUCCGAUUCCUUUUUACUAUUGUAUAGGCGUUCUGGCCUUCUUUGUGCUGCUUGGGUUCUUUGGCAUCAUACUUCAUUGCUCCUCCCUGAAUAGUAAUGACCCGAGAAUGGCGGGUUGCCAGAACUGCUGCUAUGGGUGGGGCAUUUUGGAUUGUUUUCCCGCUUCCAUGGAGGCUUGCUUUGCCCUGGUAGUCGUUUUUGUUGUUAUCUUUGCCAUUCUCGGCAUCGCCUACGGUUUCCUUGCUGCGACCAUGGCGAUUCAGAGGAUAUGGCAGAGGCACUAUCACAUCCUCACCAAGAGGGAACUCACCCAGGAGUACAUCGUAGAGGAUCUUCGCGGUUGUUACUCCCCGCCCAAACUGGACCCAGAACACGAGGAGCGCUUGAAGAUGUUAAAGCUCCUAUGAUGAUCGAUGAGGCAGAGCUGAUAUUGAGACUGAAACUAGUGGUGUGUGUGUACUCUGAUCAGUGCAGCGUUUAGCUUGUUAUAUGAGCAACCAGCUGUUUGUAUUUGCUUGUUCAACUGUUUUUGAAUUUGUAAAGAAAAUGUCGGCAUUUGCCGUGAUCGUACAAUGUUGUCUGUCUAUACAGAAUCCGUAGGAUAUGGCUCCGUCUGGCAUUCUAUGCCAGACAGAAUUCGUAAUGGAAUCAAAUGGCAUCAGAUAUGUUAAAAUCUUAUUUCCCA